UUCCCCCGCAGGAGCGGCCCCGCGGCGGCGGGAGGAGCCGCGCAGCCCCUGCCCGGCCCCGGGAGCUCCGAGGGCUCCUCGGCCACGUCGGCGGCGGCCUUUCACUGCACCUGUCCGAGCUGCAGCCUGGAGCUGAGGCCGACAACCAGCUCUCGUUGCUAGGAACCUUAAUGCGCUUCAUUCGAUGCCUUAGUAUCUUGGCAAAGACGCACAGAGGGCUGAAAGGGAGCUUAAGGGAGGGCCCACCGUACUACACCAUUCCUGGCAGGCUUUAUGAAUCUGUUCUUUAGGGCUGGUUGAGACUCCACAUCUCACAAGGCAUUAGCAUUCAUCCGCUCUUAGUCGCCAUAGACCUCACGGUCUCCUCAUGGGUUGUCUUUCCAUAGGUUCUCACCCACUUCUCCAGCACCGGUGUUGUCACCAUGUCAAUCCAGGGCUGUAUUCCAUUCUAGUAAAUCUCAUCCUACACGCAAGGGCAACAACGCUUGGGUAAAAGUUUUUCCAGCAGAAAGAGCAGCUGUGCCGGGUUCAGUGGAGCUCCCCAUGCCGGCUGUGCUACCAGCAAAUUCAGCUGGUCAUGUCUAUGAUGUAUUGUGAGAGGUUUAUAUGUAUCCUGAGAAUACUUGGAACUACACUUUUUGGAGUGUCCCUCCUGCUGGGAAUCACCGCUGCUUACAUUGUGGGCUACCAGUUUAUCCAAACAGACAAUUACUACUUCUCCUUUGGACUCUAUGGUGCUAUCCUGGCAUCACAUCUCAUCAUCCAAAGCCUGUUUGCCUACCUAGAGCACAGGAAAAUGAAGCGGUCGCUAGAGACUCCAAUCAAGCUGAACAAAACUGUUGCCCUUUGUAUUGCUGCGUAUCAAGAGGAUCCUGACUACUUAAGAAAAUGUUUACUUUCUGUGAAAAGAUUGACCUACCCUGGAAUUAAAGUUGUUAUGGUCAUUGAUGGGAACUCGGAAGACGACGUUUACAUGAUGGACAUUUUUACUGAAAUCAUGGGUAGGGACAAAUCUGCCACUUAUAUCUGGAGUAACAACUUCCAUGACAAAGGUCCAGGUGAGACGGAGGAGUCUCACAGAGAGAGCAUGCAGCACGUAUCUCAGCUGGUCCUGUCCAACAAAAGUGUUUGCAUCAUGCAGAAAUGGGGUGGAAAAAGAGAAGUAAUGUACACAGCAUUCAAAGCACUGGGGAGAAGCGUGGAUUAUGUACAGGUCUGUGAUUCAGACACAAUGCUCGAUCCAGCUUCAUCAGUGGAGAUGGUAAAGGUCUUAGAAGAAGAUCCAAUGGUUGGAGGAGUUGGAGGCGAUGUGCAGAUUUUGAACAAGUAUGAUUCCUGGAUCUCCUUUCUGAGCAGCGUGAGAUACUGGAUGGCAUUUAACAUAGAAAGAGCCUGCCAGUCCUAUUUUGGCUGCGUGCAGUGCAUCAGCGGACCUCUGGGAAUGUACAGAAACUCUUUACUCCAUGAAUUUGUGGAAGAUUGGUACAAUCAAGAAUUUAUGGGCUCCCAGUGCAGCUUUGGAGAUGACAGGCAUCUAACUAACCGAGUACUAAGUCUGGGCUAUGCAACAAAAUACACAGCUAGAUCCAAGUGCCUUACCGAAACACCAAUAGAGUAUCUCAGGUGGCUGAAUCAGCAGACCCGCUGGAGUAAAUCAUAUUUUAGAGAGUGGCUUUAUAAUGCAAUGUGGUUCCACAAGCACCAUUUGUGGAUGACCUAUGAAGCUGUAAUCACUGGAUUCUUUCCUUUCUUCCUUAUCGCUACAGUCAUUCAGCUCUUCUACAGGGGAAAAAUCUGGAACAUCCUCCUUUUCUUGUUGACAGUUCAGUUAGUGGGCCUGAUAAAGUCUUCCUUUGCCAGCUUCCUUAGGGGCAACAUUGUCAUGGUUUUCAUGUCACUCUACUCAGUGUUGUAUAUGUCAAGUUUACUGCCAGCAAAGAUGUUUGCAAUUGCCACGAUAAACAAAGCAGGGUGGGGCACAUCAGGAAGAAAAACCAUUGUAGUUAAUUUUAUAGGACUCAUUCCAGUCUCCAUUUGGUUUACAAUCCUCCUAGGUGGCGUAAUUUUCACUAUCUACAAGGAAUCAAAAAAGCCAUUCUCUGAGUCAAAAACAACAGUUCUCGUCAUUGGUACAAUCCUCUAUGCAUGUUACUGGGUUCUUCUAUUGACUUUGUACUUGGUUCUUAUCACCAAAUGUGGCAGGCGGAAGAAAGAGCAACACUAUGACAUGGUGCUAGACGUAUGAUGUUUCUGUGGGAAGUUACCCAGAGAGUUCUAGAGCAACCCAAGAACCUUGUAGUAUCUGUGGCAUGGGACGAAUGUUGCCAAGGGAAAUGGAUCACUGCUGCUGGGAAUAGGACAUUUAUAUUCCUCUGGGUUCAUUUUCAUCCUGCCAAAGUAAGAAAAUCAAAAACAAUAGAAAAUGAUUUUUUUUUUUCCAAGGGGGAAGAAUCAAACCACACCGUUUCAACCUGUUCGCAUGAAAAUGGGAGAACUUCUUUGUUUAUGCACUUUUUGAUUGUGCAUACGCCUGACAGUGUUACGUUCUAUAUACCUCACUGGUCAUGCUUAUGUGUGGACAGGAAGAAAAGGAGUUCGGAGAAUCAAGAAAAGGAAUCUUACAGCCCCUUGCAACCUAAUUUAUGAACUGCUCUUUUUUAUAGUUCUUUUUAUAGGAAGGGUCUUUUGUGUUAGGCUGCCAAAUGUAAUGCCAAAGGUAAAUUUUAAGAGGCCAUUGGCUGAGCUGUAUUUUUAUAUUAUUGUAUUAUUUGUGUGUGUGUAUUUUUAA